AUGUAAUUAUGUGAAAAAAAAGGUAUAUUUCCCCUCACAUCUAUCGAAUUAAUAGGAAGUAUACUUUUAAUAUUAGGAGUAGGAGCAGGAUAAGCUGCCGGAAUAGGCGGUGGACUUAUAAUAAUUCCAAUUGUAAUCCAAUUUUUCGGUAUGGAUACUAAAAAAAGCGUAGCUAUAGUUUUCGUGAUAAUAUUUAGUGCUUCAUUUGGUAAUUUGAUAAUGUUUUCAAAAAAGAAAUCUGAACGCGGAGAUCCCUUAAUUGACUACAAACUAAUACUAAUAUCCCUUCCUGCUGUUUUUGUAGGUUCUACAUACGGAAUUUAAUAGAAGGAUGUAAAUCUCCUGAAUUGA